AAUACUGCAUACGGUAGAAAAACGUUGCUUUUAAAAUAUAGUAUGGGAGAAAAUCCAGGAGCAUGAUGUCAUUAACAGAGGGAUGAGUCUGUUCUGUUCAGGGAGGGGCAGAAAACCAGAAGUUAGACUCAUUCAUACAACAGAGGGAGCUUGGCUGUUCCUGAAGACGUGUUGCACUGCAGUUACUUGUAUCUGCUCAGUGGUGAAUUUGCAGUCAAGAAAUGGUUUCCAUCACAAAUGAAAACACUACGGAACUUUACAACAUCGUGGCCACUCAGGAGCUCACAGUCAGUCCAACAAAUUGCAACAAUAAUUCAGGAGUUCAUCAGCUGAAUGAAUACAAAUGUAUUGAUUCAUAUGUAUGGCAAUGGCUACAGGACUUUCAGCCUGGCUUCCUCUGGUUUAUAUUUAUUCUUGGAGCAUUGGAAAAUUCCUUUGUCCUCAUCGUCCUGUGUUUCCACAAGAGUCGCUGCACAGUGGCUGAAAUUUACCUAGCAAACAUGGCACUUGCUGACUUAAUGUUGGUCUGUGCUUUACCUUUCUGGGCCAUUAAUAUUUCUAAUGGGUUCCAAUGGCCUUUUGGCCUGUUCCUCUGUAAAGCUGUCAAUGUAAUGAGUAACAUGAACUUUUACUCUAGCAUUUAUUUCCUGACACUUGUGAGCAUCGACCGCUACCUAGCCUUGGUGAAAACCAUGUCUCUUGGACGGAUGCGACGAACUGUCUGUGCCAAAUGGAAUAGCUUUGUCAUCUGGACAUGUGCAUUGCUCAUAUGUUCACCUACAAUGGUGUUCCGAAAUUUACACUAUUAUGCAGAAUACAACAUCACAGCCUGCACUCUUGUUUACCCAGCCAGCUACUGGGAGCCUGCGAACAACUGCUUGUUGAAUAUUGUGGGCUUUGUGAUCCCACUCUGUGUAAUUACCUACUGUACAAUGCAAAUCAUCAAAGCCUUACGAAGUAAUGAGCUACAAAAAAUUAAGUUAGUCCAGACAGAGAGGAAAGCCACCAUGCUGGUCCUUGCUGUGCUUUUGCUGUUCAUCAUUUGCUGGCUUCCAUUCCAAAUCAGCACGUUCAUUGACACAAUCCGUUACCUUGCACCCACUCUUAAAUGCCUGGAAGAAAUCAACGACAUAGUGACCCAGAUAGGUACAUACUGUGCCUUUUGCAACAGCUGCCUGAACCCAAUCUUGUACGUAGUUGUAGGGAAACACUUCCAGAAGAAAGCUGUGGAAUUCUACAAGGACUUGUUCCCCAAAAGGUGCAGAAAAUCACAGUCUGUACAGAUGGAAAACUCCCUGGACACUUUAAGAACUUCCAUUUCGAAUGAAUAUCCAAGGAAAAAGUCUGUUUUCCCAUCACAGUGAUAGCACAAUUUGUUCACUACAGGAAAAAAAAGCCUUCUAACUUAUCAGUCUCCACUAAUAUCCAACUACUACUAGUCAACAGAGUAAAUGUGGUAGUAUUCAUCAUUUGUGAGAAAGAAAGGGUUUGAUCUUGAUGGAAACUCCAUACAGGGACCUGCUUCUAAUGCUAUUGAAUACUUUUCAUUAUCAAAUCGUCCUUUGUGGCAUACUCACAUAUUCACAGCUGACUAAUAUUUGACACAUUUAAUAUUUGCAUUUCUAAAGUGUACAUACAUGUACAGACAGUACAUACAUGUACAGACAGUUGCCUGAAUAGAGACCACUGUUCUGCCAGGAUUGUGCAACUCCUUAUGGUACCUAUACAGUUUGUUGGACUAGACUUUUGAUAGAAGGGGCUUGUAGUUGAGUAAGUUCUGGUAAAUGAAUCCUGUAGGAUUAUUAUUCAAAUGGGUUUUUAGGUGCAGCCAUUUUUUUCAGUGUUCAGUAAUCCAAAGCUCUUUUGAUUAUUUGAUCGGCAAGCUCUGCCUUUUUGCGACUGCUCUGCCCCUUCUAGUUACAGGUUUACAUCAUCUUGUAUGUAUGGAAAGUAGCUCUAAAAAAAAGGCAAAGCAAUACUUGAAGGAAGGCUGUAGCCAGCUGCAUGAAGCUAGAUGAGUUUUUUUUGUAGCAGGAGACUAUUUUACCCCUUUUGCACUGGGUAAAGGCAUUCACUUACUCCUUUUGAAUGAGUGAAUAUUAUUUAUCCAUACCUACACUUCAGCUCAGAGACUUAGUUUUCAAUAUUCACAAAGGAUAAUUAAUAUUGGUAAUGUUAAUUAAUAGACAUAUAAAAGUUUAGCAGCAUAAAUGAUGAAGUAGAAGAAACUGAGAACAUGAAGGAGAACAUUGCUUAACAGCCUUAGAAAUCUAACUAAAGCUAACAGGAGUCUAGAAAGUUCAGAAUAUUCAGGAAUGGCCUUUUCAGAGUCUAACAGUACCUACAUUUUAUUUGUAGAGUUAAUCUGAGAGAUAUUAAUAUGAGGUAUCUUUUCCCUAACUGGACUCAAUUAACUAAAGGAGAGAGAAUUCAGGCUGGACAUGAGGAAAAAAUGUUUACAAUAAGGGUGGUAAAAUACCAGAACAGGUUGCUCAAAGAGGUGGUGGAUGUGCCAUCUCUGGAGGCAUUAUAUUCUUUGGAGCUUGAAUGGCAUUAUAAAGUUACAUUUAAGAUGAGAAAUAUGUAUUAAACCUUCAAAUAAUUAACCCCAAAAGUGCUUUAAAAGUGUGUGGAUGUACUGUAAAAACUAUAGGAUUUAGAUCACCUCAGAUGACUUAUAGACAAUUUCUAUAGGUUUUCUUUAACAAUCCAAUAUAAUCCUAUCACAAAUAUUUCUAUUGUUCGUUCCUUAUACUGUCCAAGACACCUAUGAGGAAACACUUCAAGGCUUUCUCUUAUUUCCACUGUUGUCAAUACUGUCUCAUUCACAAGCAUGCUGUUCACACAGUCAUUAAAUAAAAGGAAGUCCAUACAGAGAUUAUUCAUGCAAUAGAGGAGAUUUUUGAGUAUUUGGUACUGAGAAAUAAAAUAUAAAUAUGUUAUUAUAUUAAUAUGACAUUAAUUUAAAUCAUGUAAAUAUAUAGAUGUUAUUUUACUAUGCAGUAAGCAUGUAUACCAGAAAAUAAACUAAGAAAGAAGAUUUGCUGGCAUUUUAUUCUCUAGCUCUUAUCCUGUUAGUCAGCAGUGACUUGUCAGAAGUGCAACUGUUGCAGGUACUUUCUUUCACUUCCCGUUUUACCAAAGGAAAAUGAGCUAAAACCGCAAAAUUCUAGCUGCUUUCGAAGUUUUGGGUCAGCUUUCUUUUCAGGGCUCAUUUCUGAGUGGUGCAGACCACCCUCGGACCCUUUGAAAACUAAAAUAUGAAUCAAGGCAGCUAAGGAUACCAAAAUCUUUUCAGUAGUUUUUCUCUGCCUAUGAAACUGCAGAUACUGCUUUCCUUUGUGAGGACUUAGGGUACACAAAAGCCUACAGGUGCUGUUUGCAGGAUGGACCUUCACCCUAAAGCUUUUACUCUUCCAUCAAAGCACACAGACACCAACAGCAAUGGAAAGCCCCUGUACCAGCUUCUGCAGACUGCACAAUGUGAGCUCACAGACAUUUGCGUUCUUGCCCACUUUCCAGCACAGUCACACAUUAUGCAGUAAUGGCAUGUACCACUUGUGCCAAUAACCAAACUCCUAAAAUGAAAAAGUGCUAUGUCCAAGUCUUACAUACUGGCAGUUUACAAUCACAUUCAGAUGCCUGGCUCUGUCCUCACAGAAACAAGU